UUUCUUUGAUUAAAGUAUUGAAAUUCUCCUAAAUUUAUUAUCUAAAGUCAAGUAACGCAUUCGGCCAUUUUCACUUACUAAUUUAUCCAAAUUGACGGGUUUAAUUUGAAAUCCGAGAUAUGAAUUUAAUCCGGGUGUUAACUAGUUUAAUUGAGAAAGCAGUAUCUUUCAUAAUGUAUGAUUCAUAAAGUAUGAAGAGAUGUAUAUUAUAUAUACGUAUAAAAAGCAUAAUCCUGUACAACGGAAUUUCAACAUAUUUUUUAAUUUCAAACCAGAUAAAUGUCCUAAUCAGUUUUAUAACUUUUAUUAUUUUAGUUGAUGAUAAGCUUAAUAAUAUCUACAUAUCGCUACCUACAUAGUUGGACACUAAUCAAACGAUAAUUUAUAUAUAAAUUGGCUUUCAUUCAAGCUUUCGUCUUCUCUCCAAGAGUCUGGAUACCAUUUCUGAUCAAUUUAUCGACACAAAUAAUAAUAAGACACUCUCUGUAGCAGAAAUGUCAUCGACACCGAGUUUGAUUCUAAUGUGCUCUUGUUUUUAUAUCAUGGUGGUGGCAGUACCUUUCGAAAUCACGAUGUAUUCUGACCCAGGUCAUCAAUCGGGUCAACGGAUUACAAUGAACCAAACCAAUAUGGAUUUUGAGUGUGCCUCAGCAGCUAUUGGAGGCAUAAGGUCACAUUGUUCCGUUGGCAGCUGGGUGCUCAAAACUAAGAAUAUUCCUGGAGGGUAUGACGAGGGGUGGUUCAACACGGGCACAGGAAAUGGCAUGUAUUGUUAUAACAUGAAUUCCGGAUGGGACAAUGUCGUCAGCCUCAGCAGAGUUGGACCAGCGGACACCAGCACCCCAGCAGUCACUUUCAAGAACAAUCCUGACACUAUAAUUGUGAUUGAGAAAGUGGCAGAGGCGUUCUUGAACCUUCCAAAUUACGGGGGCCACCUGACAUUGACCUUUACUGGCACGUCCAGCUGGACAUUUUUUGAACAGACGAAUUUCGAAGGAAAGUCGAUAUGUUGGAGGUCUACCAAAGAAAUUGAGUCCCGUGGAACAUCGCUAGGCUUCUUUGCACCCUCGAAUAUCAAAUCCUUUGGCUCUGUCCUGCGAGGAUGUGACCUUUCAGCAGCGGAAAUUCAAAAUUUUAAAGUCCAGCUUUAAAAAUUACCUGCCAUAAUUUUGAAGUUAAUAAAAGAAGUAUGCGUAAAAAUUAUGUAUGCUAAAUAAUUUAGAGUAAACCAACAUCAACAAUGCGGGAUAAUGAACAGGUUUGGAUCUGCAUGAAAUGGGGUUGCAUUUGUUCAAAUGUCAUGAGUUGGCUAUGUCCACACAAUUUCUAGGCUUGUGUUUCAGGGUCAGGUCAACUUGUGGGGGAAGAAUGAGCUCAUGCAUACGAUGACAAGGUCGGAUACACCGCGACGUGGGGUGGAUGACUUUAAUUGAUUUAGAUGGAUUGACUUUAAUUGAUUUAUUCGUCUCCAAUCACUCCAUCAGUUCAGUCAUCAUAGCAUUGUUGUCGUAUGUCGUAAAAUAAUGCGGUCACCAGGUAUGCUCAAACUUUCUCUACUGAUCGAAAUCGUGCUUAUUGUUGUCACUGUUCAAGGAGCAAUUGACCAGGGCUCGAGUAAACUGAAAAACCAGAAUUUGGUGCUAAAUGCGGACGUGAGCCAUUUCAACUGCAAAGAUAAACCCCGAAUUAGUCGUUUUGCUGAUGUUCGAGACUGUACAAGGUUCAUUUACUGUGUUUCUGGCACCCCACACGUCGCAAAAUGUUGGCCGGAAGGAGCUAGAUUCAAUUCGAAAACGACGCGAUGUGAUCUUCCGGCUACCGAACCGUGUGGUAACACCGUUGGCAGCAAUGCACCACUGCCGUUUCGUCCCACCCCCGGUCCAAGUGGUGGUCUAAAGCCAAACAAGAAACCAAUAGUCGCACAAAAUCCGACAACUGCUACUCCUUCGCCGACCACCACCACCACCACUUCAAAAUCUCCCCCGCUAUCAGACGCAUUUUCGUUCACACUCGACUGUGGUGGCGCUCAUCAGUGCGGUCUGUAUCCCAACCACGAAGGCGACUGUUCCACGUUCUUCUUGUGCUCGGAACGUGGACGUCGAACCAAAAAAAGUUGCCACGAUGGGCAACAAUUUGACACCGUGAGUCAAGAGUGCAGACCAGCCAAAGAAGCGACAUGUUGGCAAGAACCCGACAGUGGUCCUUACAUCAGAACGAGAAUGCCGGCCGUCGAGCUCUGUCAGAGGCACAAUUUUAACACGUCCCUUCUUCAGAAUGACACAAUCUUGUCCACACCUCCGCUAACCAACUGGGGCGAUUGGCAAAACUGGGAAUCUUGUCCAAGUGGUAGCUACAUUUCUGGUAUAAAUGCUUGGCGUCGACUGAUUCAGGUUGGAUCGAGGGCAGACCACGCAGGUCUCAUAUCAAUCGGAGCUCAGUGCCGAUCUUUAAGCGGAGUGGUCACAAAGGUUUUGGAAAGCAUAGCCCCCGCAGCCCCAAAUGACGGGUUUCAUUCAUUCUAUAGCUGUGUAGAGGGAGCGGCCGCAAUUGGGUUUCGUGCCAACAUUCAGAAGGACCAAGGGCCCGGAAGGGACAACGUAGCCACGGACAAUGUAGAAUUGGUCUGCUCGUGUGGUCCUCCAGCUUUCAAACCAUACGAUUCCAUUCCUGGACCACAGUCUGGACACAGGGGUGACUGGACUGCGGUACAAAGUUGUAGACCGCGUGAAGCUCUGUGCGGACUGCAGACGCAGAUGGCCACUUACAAAGAAGGGGUAGUUGGACAGUACGACAACACUGGAUUGAACAACGUGCGGAUGCGCUGCUGCGCCGUCCCUGACCCCGUCACGACCUGCACCCCCACCGACAGAAUUGUCCCCGUGAGAAGUUGUCCCAAAAACGAGGGAAUUUAUCCCAGGCGAUGCGACUUCCAGUACACCAUUGGCACGGGGUAUGCGUACGACAAUCAGGCAUUUGUGAACUCCGUCAACUUUCACCAGAGCAUCGGCCAUGUCUUGAAUGACGAUGUAAUGAGCCAGAUUAAAGAACGAUUUCAGAAGGAAGCCAAUCAACUAGGAGGUGAGUACUCCUGGGAUCAAUCCGACGCUAGGUUAUGGACGCUUGAUCUACAAGAAUUGAACUGGACAAAUAGUGCGCUGUAUUUGCCGGUGAAUACGUCUGUGGAUAUUUUUCAAGUUAUUGGAUCAUGUGGGCAUUUCAUUGUUCGUACAAACCGAUUUUUGCGAAUAAGUAAGCACUCAAGCUCAGGAAAUACAACGAGGACAUAUUUUGAUGUAUAAAGAACAGGAGACUUGUCAACGUGAAAAAACUGUUUUAACGCGAUCAUCAUGCUUGCCAAAAAAAUGCCAACGCUGGAAAGAUUCAGUCAGCAAAAAUUGAAUUAAAAAAACACAAAAUUAAAAAAUGCCUAAAAACAUUUCACCCAAUUCAUUUUCAUAGCGUUAUGAACUCUCCUAGUUAUGUGAAGUAACCCAUCUUGGAUUUGUAAUAAAUGAAGUUAUGUACAUAAGAUAAGACUUGA